CGUGACAAAGGAUCGUUCUUAUUUCACUGGUUUAGUAAAUUUUUUUCCAUUGUCCAAAUCGUACAUGCAGCCUGUUACUGCUUUUGAUGUACUUUGACGGCUUUAGAAAAACCCCAAAUAUUUAUUCAAAGGAUACACAACAAUGACGGAUUCAAUUAUUUUGAAACGUUUUUUCGGCACGGACUUUGCAUUUCCAUUCGAAAUUUUUUAUCGGAACAAGUCAAUGUUUCGGCCGCCGAUUCCACAAACACCUACGUUGGAUAUGCCACAAGUACAAAAAGAUAUUCGCUUCAUCGGUGAAACAUCUUGGAAAAAGAAGAAAUUGUAUCAUACAACCUCACACACGGCAUUGUACCCAGUGUUGUUUUUGGGUCAAAUAUUUGCAAUUCUGCCAGUGUCCGGUAUCUCAUCGAAAUCGGCAAAAAAUUUAAAAUUCAAAUGGUUUGAUUUUCGAACGUUGCACACUCUGCUUGUGAUGGGCGGACAAGCCAUUGGUAUUGCUUUAUCAGUAAGAUGGAUAGCACGCAAUAAAUUCACCAUGGCCAAUAUGGAUUCGGUUUUUUGGUUUACAACAAAAUUUAUGGUGGCUGCAUAUUUUCUAUGGUUGGCAAAAAAUUGGCCCUCACUCAUGGGCGAAUGGGAACGUAUUGAAAAUACAUUUCCGGCGUAUGUUGGACACAAAAGGACUAUCAAAUUUUUUCACUUUAAAAUUAAACUGUAUGCCAGCCUUAUAACAUUGGGUCUAUUCAUUGAACAUAUAUUGUGCAUUUGUGUUGGUACGUUUCGCGUAUAUAUUUGCUUGAACACGACAAGCGUGGAAGGUUAUUUAAAACAGGCAUGGCCACAAAUCUAUACAAAUAUCAAAUACGACGAUGGAGUUCGUGGAAUUCUAAUGGAAAUUCUUAAUUUUUACUGUACAUUUCAAUGGAUAUAUAUGGAUAUUAUCAUAAUUUCAAUCAGUAUUUGCCUCUCGACGCGUUUCAAUCAAUUAAAUGAAUAUUUGCGACAAUAUAAAGGCAUGAAAAUGCCACGUUCUUUCUGGACCAAUCAACGAAAACACUUUUCAUCGAUUGUGGACUUAAUUAUGAAUGUCGAUGAAAAAAUUUCGAUCAUGACCGCAUUUUCCGUAUUGAUUAAUUUGUAUACGACAUUGAUGCAAUUGUUGCACAGUUUUCAAUUACAAGAAACGGUAACCGAAGCGACCUAUUUUUGGUUUUUAUUAUUUUAUACGAUUUGCCGAACAAUAUUAGUAUCUUUGUCGGCAGCACGAAUCAAUGAUGAAUCUCAAAAACCGGCACAAGUGGUUCGUGCCAUACCAAAUGAUACUUAUGAUUCAGAAGCAAAUCGUUUGCUCGAACAAGUUGUAAAUACAAAAGUCGGAUUGACUGGCAUGAGGUUCUUCUACUUCACUCGGCCAUUGAUUCUUUCGGUUUGUGGUACAAUUAUUACCUACGAGCUUGUUCUCGUCCAAUUUUCACUUAUAACACCAAAAACUAAGGAGAAUUUAUGCAAAGCCUUUUGAAAUAAAAGUCACAUUUUGAUUUAUGUUUUCUUGAUGAAAAUGAUGAUUCCUCCAGGAUGGACGAAAAUACAAACAAACGGGGAAAGAAAUAUGUCGAAAUAUGUAUUGUGAAAAUCGUGUAUGGCUUUUCAAAUCAAACAUUUUUCAACUUUAAGAGGAUACAAUUUAAUUUCAAUCUAUUGAUAUAUGACACAAAUAA